AAACAGCUGUUUGUGUUUAUUUUAAUGUCCAUAGAUAGCGUUUGUUGAAUUGUGUAGCUAAUUAUAUUACUGAAAUGACGUUAUUCUCGUUCCUAAAGAGUCGCCCCAUUUUCUGGCUGAGCGUCACCGGAACUACGGUAGGCGCCGCCUGCGCCAUAAAAGACCUUAUGCAAGGCGGCCAAUUCACAAAGGAGACCGACGAAACGGAAAAAGUCAUCAUUGUGACGGGGUCAAACAGUGGAAUUGGAAAGGAGACGGUCAGGGAAUUGGCGAAACGGGGAGCCACCGUUUACAUGGCAUGCCGAGACAUGAAGAAGUGCGAGGAGGCACGUGAGGAGAUUGUGCUGGAGACCAAAAACAAAUACGUUUACUGCCGUGAAUGCGACUUGGCUUCCCUGGACUCGAUUCGGAAUUUUGUGGCCGCCUUUAAACGGGAACAGAAAACGCUGAAUGUACUCAUCAACAAUGCUGGGGUCAUGCGCUGUCCCCGGUCGCACACAAAGGAUGGCUUCGAGAUGCAGUUGGGCGUGAAUCACAUGGGCCACUUUUUACUUACAACACUGCUACUGGAUCUGUUGAAGAUCUCAGCGCCCAGUAGGAUUGUCAACGUCUCUAGCCUAGCACAUACACGUGGCGAAAUCAACACAGGCGAUCUGAACAGCGACAAGUCGUACGACGAAGGGAGAGCCUACAGUCAGAGUAAAUUGGCAAACGUCCUGUUCACACGGGAGUUGGCGAAGCGACUGGCAGGCUCUGGAGUAACGGCUAAUGCCUUGCACCCCGGUGUUGUGGAUACAGAACUGUUUAGGCAUAUGAGCUUCUUCAGUAACUUCUUUGCCGGACUAUUCGUUAAGCCUUUAUUUUGGCCCUUCGUUAAGACUGCAAGGAAUGGAGCUCAAACCAGCUUAUAUGCCGCCCUCGAUCCUGACUUGGAGCAGGUUUCUGGUGAAUAUUUCAGUGACUGCCAGCCCAAAGACGUGGCACCAGCUGCCACAGACACCCAAACAGGCAAAUGGCUAUGGGCGGUCAGCGAGAAGUGGACAAAUCCACCGGCAAUCGAUGUGAAAAAAUAGGAUAAACCGCUUUUUUAGCAUUAUGCCAGUCAUAAAUGAAUCAUUUUCUACAAUCGA